GUGUCUUCAAUGGAGAAGUGAGGGUAUCGUGUGCUUUUGGUGGUGUUCUCGAACGACUUCCGUGUGGCGUAUGUCAUCUCAAUUUUACCUCACUGCUCACGUUUAACUCCAACCUUGAGCUAAAACAAUUCAUCGGCGAAAAAAGGCAGUGAAAUGAUCGUAAAGAGGAACGAUGGCGGUAUAUGAUUGUAAAAAAAGAAAGGAAUGUAAGUCAUUCCUUCCAUGAUUACCGAUGCCUAUUAAACAUUUCACUAUCGUAUCGGAUAAUUAUAUGUUGCUGUAUCCAUUUUGGACAAUGUGGUGAAAAUGUGAUAUGUAGUUCACAUCAAUUUAUAAAAUUGAUAUUGGUGCUACUAGCGUACGAUGACUUUCGCCUGUUACGCGAAAAAGGCUCCUCUCAGGUUUCUCUCUAGCACGUCCUCGGAAUCAAUUAGGGAUUUGAAGAAGAAGAGCCAUUCAUAGUAAUCCUCUCUCCGUGAAAAGUGUCUAGCAGGAUAUUAAUAGGAUAUUAAAAAAUCACGAAAAUAUGACUGAUAAUAUCGAACAAACAAAUGAAACAGAAAAUCAAGAUUUGAACGAUUUAUUGGAUAGUGCUUUACAAGAUUUUGAUAAAGUAUCCUUAUCAAAUGUCGAAAAGAGCAAUGACAUAAAUACAGAUUCGCAGAAGCAAACAGAUAAACAUGAAAUGUCUGAAGAAAGAUGGACAAAGGAUUUUCUCAAACAAACAGCUGAUCAGUUUGAAAAAAAUUUACAAAAUUUAUUGCAAAAUGAAGAUAGCGAACUGGAAGCUGCUUUACAGAAGCUUGGACAAAUGUCAGCCAGUAAUGCAGUGGAUGAAAAAAAUAUGAAUGCAGAUUUUCAGUCGGCUGUUUCACAAGUUUUAAAGGAUUUAACUGCAAAUUCUGAAAAUUUACAGAAUGAAACAGAUGUAGCAGCUAUGCUCGGACAAACAUCUUUUGACGGCGAUACUGGUGAUAUAUUACCAUUUAUGCAAGGAAUGAUGGAGCAUCUUUUGUCAAAAGAGAUUCUUUAUCCGUCAUUGAAAGAAUUAUCUGAUAAAUAUCCAGCAUGGUUAGAGGAACAUAAAGCAACUUUAAAUGCUUCUGAUUUAGAAAGGUAUACAAAACAGUCAGAACUGAUGCAAAAGGUGUGUAUUGAAUUAGAAAAAGAAAAAGAAGAUGAUACAGAAGAUAUUAAACAACAUCGAUUUGAAUGUGUAUUAAAACUUAUGACGGAAAUGCAAAAUUAUGGUCAAGCACCUGACGACCUUUUUGGCGAACAGUGUUUGCCUUUUCAAUUUGAUUUCGGAAGCAAUCCCACUUUUCCAUUCCCACCUGGAAUAGAUUCUCAAAUGACCUCCUUUUGGCAAAAAUAG